UAGGCAAAAAAAAAAAGGAAAAUGGAAGAAGACAAUAUGGAAUGCUGGAGCAGCCCCUUCAUCAAUGACCAAUCUUCUUCCAACUUCAUCUAUCCUUUCCAUAGCUUUAACAAUGUUUCAGGUAAAGAAACUAAUGUGUGUGCUUGGUACUUAUUCAUGAACUCAAUGUGCAAUAGUUAUCACUAUCUUAACCAUAUAGAAAACUAUAGUCCACUCAGGAAUCAAAUCCAAGAAAACAUAUAUUUUGUUUUCUUAGGUACAAGGGUGGUGACACAAGGAGGUCCGCUUCAUGAACAUUAUUACGCCCCUUCAGCAAUGGUGGAGAGCAGUUUUGGAGAAGCAAGCAACACCAACAAUGGAUAUGAAACGAAGAAGAAGAAGAUGACUAACGAGCAGCUGAAGUUACUAGAGAUAAGUUUCCAAGAGGAGAUGAAGCUGGACCCGGAGAGGAAGAUGAAGCUGUCCAAAGAACUCGGGCUGCAACCUAGACAGAUUGCGGUUUGGUUCCAGAACAGGAAAGCCAGGUGGAAGAACAAACAACUCGAGCAUCUCUAUGAAUCAUUAAGGCAAGAGUUUGAUAUUAUCUGUCAAGAAAAGAAGUUGCUACAAGAAGAGCUUAUACAACUGAAGGCGAUGAUAAGAGAGAAUGGUGCAAGCAACAACAAGCAGCAAACGUGGGAAAAUGCUUGCAGCCAGGCAAUGCAAGCUCAGUUCCAACUCAACUAGACUUCA